AAGCAGCAAACUUAGUAUUUAGUUAGUUUCUAGAUUUAACACAGUAGAUUUCCAUGUAAAUAUACAAGACAUUUGCUAGUUUUGGUGUAAAGUUGCUAGUGUUUGCUACCCACUUGGGUUUUUGUUAAAAGAUUUGAAAUAGAGAUUAACAAACACAAGUUUUGUUUUAAAUAUUUACAUAACUAGUAAAUUUAAUUUCAAGUGAUAGUUAAAGUAUUAUUGUAUUAAAAGUUCCACUUAGUUUGUAGUGUAUUUUCGUACAUGAACACAUUGUCUAUUAAUAAAUGUCCCGCACUUCAAAGCCGCGAACUUACUAACAACCAUAGAUAAGAUAUCAGAUAGAGAUGUGAUGUCACAUCUUGUUUAGUCUUAAUAUAAUUUUGCUAAAGAGUUAUUUAUUAUCUACGCAAUAGUUUUGCUUGUGAGUUUGUGUUAUUGAUUUAUUGUUAAUAAAUAUGAUUUAUAAACCUGUAACUCACGUUUUAUUUGAUAUGGACGGUCUGAUACUGAAUACAGAAGACUUAUAUACGAUAGGCUUUCAAAAGAUCGCGUCUAGAUAUGGCAAGGAGUUUACAUUUGAUUUGAAGUGUAGGAUAAUGGGUCAACAGACGAGGGAAUUUGCCGCCUCCAUUAUCAAUGGCCUUGACCUACCUCUGACCGUCGAUGAGUUUUUGAAGGAGACGCGAUUCAUUUACGAAGAAUUAUUUCCUCAAUCUAAAAUUAUGCCGGGAGUUGAAAGAUUUAUACGACAUUUAUAUGACAAUGGCGUUCCUAUUGGUCUAGCAACGAGUAGCAGUAAAGAAACUUAUGAUUUAAAAGUAAAAAAUCAUUCAGAACUAUUUAAUAUGCUGGAGUACAAGACAUGGGGCUCUUCUGACCCCUUAGUUAAGAAAGGAAAGCCCUAUCCGGAUAUAUUUCUCGUCGCUGCAGACAAAUUUCGAGACAAACCAGCUCCAGAAAAGGUGUUAGUAUUCGAAGAUUCGAUAAAUGGUGUAAAAGCGGCUCACUCCGCUGGUAUGCAAGUCGUUAUGAUACCAGAUCCGAGACUUGACCGGACGCUUGCGCCAGAAGCAACUCUCAUACUGAACUCUAUGGAGGAUUUCGUACCGGAACAUUUUGGUCUACCGCAGUACACACAGCGCAAUCUGUAAUUAGUUCCUAUGGUUGAUCUUCUUGGUAAUCGUGUCUCCAUUGUAAUAAAACCAGUACAAAACAUAUUUUCAGCACUCAUAUUUGGCAAAAAAAAUAUAUUUUGAACUUACAAACUGAUUUUCAAAAUAU